UUCCUCUUCAUCUUUUAACCCUUAUAAGUCUUGAUCACUCGGCUCUCAUGCAAGUGCCCAGUUCUCAAAACAUAUAUAUAUAUACACAAAGACAACGAGGCUUGUAAACUUCCACCUCAGACCCAUCAAACAAUGACAAGUACCCCAUGUGGUGAAAAGUCUGUGGAGAGCUGCAAAAGUUCUCUUGCUGCACUUGCCCCUCUUCAAGCAGUACUAUUUGAUGUGGAUGGAACUUUAUGUGAUUCAGAUCCACUCCAUUACCAUGCCUUCCGUGAAAUGCUUCAAGAGAUUGGUUUUAAUGGAGGAGUUCCAAUUACUGAGGAAUUCUACAUGGAGAAUAUUUCUGGCAAGCAUAAUGAUGAUAUUGCUGUGUUACUCUUCCCUGAUGAUGUUCAACGCGGCUUGAAGUCCACAGACGAUAAGGAAACCAUUUUUCGGAGAUUGGCCGAAGAACAAUUGAAAGCUGUGAAUGGCCUAUAUAAAGUGAAAAAAUGGAUUGAAGAUCGAGGCUUGAAACGAGCAGCAGUUACCAAUGCACCAAAACCAAAUGCCGAACUCAUGAUAUCAAAGCUCGGGCUGUCAGAUUUUUUCGAUGCUGUCAUUCUCGGGAGUGAUUGUGACCAUGCCAAGCCAUAUCCAGAUCCCUACUUGAAGGCCCUUGAAGUACUCCAUGUAACAAAGGAUCACACUUUUGUAUUUGAGGACUCUGUUUCAGGAAUUAAAGCAGGAGUGGCAGCUGGGAUGCCGGUUGUUGGUAUAACUACCAGAAACCCUGAACACUCUCUGAUUGAAGCAAGGCCUGCCUUCCUUGUAAAGGACUAUGAUGACCCAAAAUUGUGGGCAGCUUUAGAAGAGCUCGAUAAGAAAUAAGGAACAUCCACAGUACACGAAGCAGUUUAUAGACAUUUCCACACUAAACUCAAAAUGGGUAAAUAAUUCUGCUGUAAAGGAUCUCUUGGGUCCUCGAGGUGUAGCUACUUGACCUGCUAUUCAUAUAUUUCUAUUUGGUCAACGAUUAAAUAAAAAAAAUUUACUCCCAUGUGUUAAUUAGCCAGAAUCAGAUCGAGAAUGCAAUGGAUUAUGGAGUACACGAGCAAUCUACCUGAAACCUCCAUGAAUCAAUGUAAUAGCUAACAUACUUGGGAUGAUCAAUUCAAGGCUAUCAUGAUCCUCUAAAAAACCAGCAUUUUAAUACAAAUACAUCAAUAUAUAUAUUUGAAAA